AUGACCGUGAUCUGCGCCGCGCCGUUGGCCACCAUGGCCAGCGCGCGGGAGGUCGCCGAGCGUCACGGCGGUGAAAUCCAGAUCGAACUGUUCGGCCGCUGGACAUUGGAGGAUGCGCGGCAAUGGCGCGGCCUCGGCAUUCGCCAGGCGAUCUAUCACCGCGGCCGCGACGCGCAGGCCAGCGGGCAAACCUGGGGCCGGCAGGAUCUGGAUCGGAUGAAGGCGCUGUCCGAUCUGGGCAUCGCGCUGUCGGUGACCGGCGGCAUUACGCCCGCCGACUGCCGCUGUUUAAAGAGAUCGCCGUCACCGCCUUUAUCGCCGGCCGCGCGCUGGCCGAGGGGCGGCGAUCCGCCGGCGGCCGCCAGGCAGUUCCGCACCGCCAUCGAUGACAUCUGGAGAUCGUGA